CAGCUGUUUUUGUUGUUUCAUAACCUAACCGCAUUUGGUCUGUAUAAAAAUUUUGAAAAUUGGAUUUUAUAAAUGGAUUUAACAAAAAUGUUGCAGCCAGCCGCUCUAAUAACACACACAGUACGUGCCUAUGGCAAACACAAUAAAAAAUAUUUAUACAAGGACGGACAGAAAUAUGGCAAAGUGAUAUACUACCCAAUGACACCUGACCAUGAAGAUCCACCAGUUCAACCAGCGAAGUUAUUCCGUGUACAACGUAUUAAACCUGUCAAGGGUAAUCCUUUUUGGGAGAAACGUAUUCUGAAAGACCUAGGUCUCGAUGGUAAACAAAGUGAUUUUACUGUAGUAAAAAAUAUACCAGACGUCAAUGCAUUACUUUGGAAAAUAAAGCACUUGAUCAAAGUGACACCAAUAACAUUCCCGUAUGGUGAGCCGACUGAUAAUGACAUCAAAUAUACGGUUCUUAAGGAAAAUGGUGAAUGCAUCGUUACUAAAGAAAUCGGUCCUGUAGUGCAACGAUUAGAAGCUGCUGAAGCAUUCGAAUCUGACCCAAAACGCUUAGACACUGAUUUGUUAAAACGUGAUGCACGUAUGAAAUGGCUCAACCCAUGGUAAUACGAAAUAUACACGUAUAUUUAGUAUUUCGUGUGACUUUUAUAAGAAAUAAAUGCAUUAAAAAUGAUAUAUAAA